UGUCUGUCUGUGGUUUCGGGCUCGCGCGUCAUCAAGGCGAAUCCUCCCGCCCCUCGAGCUCAGCAUCAGUCCGCGCUGCUCUCGCCCGCCGCUCCUCUCAUCCUCUCUUUGCAGUCAGCUUGAAUUCGACAGAGAUCAGAAUCAGAACAUCGUUCGCAACACUCGAUCACGCUCGCUUUUAUCUGUCCGCGCGCUGCUGCGGUAGAAUGCCCCAGACGCUGCGCGCUCCUCCACGGACACCGAAGAGCAAACGGAGGAGCGGUUCUUUGGUCUUGAAACGGCGUUAGAAUCACCAUUUCGGGUAUUUUUGGGAUCUCUCAGCGACAUCUGAAGCGGGAACCAUGACGGCCACCAAAGAGCAGCAAAGCCAGAGACCGAAUCCGCAGGACGAGGAUCUGGCGGGAAUGAGUCCUCCUCAGAGGAACUGGAAGGGGAUCGCCAUCGCUCUGCUGGUCAUUCUGGUGGUCUGUUCUCUCAUCACUAUGUCUGUGAUCCUCCUCACUCCAGUCGAUACGCAACCUGGCAGCGACACCAAGCUGACGGUGGAGGAUCUUUUCAACACAGAUUUCUACGUGCACGACCCUGAAGCUCAUUGGAUCAACGAAUCUGAGGUGAUCUACAGAAAUCACCAUGGACAUGUGAUCAGGUUUAACAUCCUCACAAACGAGACAGAGAUUGUGCUGAAGAACACCACAUUCGAUACUUUCAAAGCCACCAGAUACUCCAUAAGCCCAGACAUGAAGUAUGUGCUUUUUGCCUACAAUGUCAAACAGCAUGCGGCGUGGGGUGUUCAGGGCCAGCAGCUGGUGUACAUAUUUGAGAAUAAUAUUUACUAUCAGUCGGAUGUCAGGAGUAACUCGCUGCGACUGACCUCAUCUGGGAAAGAGGGCGUCAUUUAUAAUGGCAUCGCUGAUUGGCUCUAUGAAGAGGAGAUCCUUCACACGCAUGUGGCGCACUGGUGGUCACCUGACGGCGAACGCUUGGCAUUUCUGGUCCUGAAUGACAGUCUGGUGCCAAACAUGGCAUUGCCCACUUUCACUGGCUCUACAUACCCUAAAGGCAAACAGUACCCGUAUCCGAAGGCUGGGAAGCCAAAUCCCAUGGUGAAACUGUUUGUAGUCAAUCUGUACGGACCGACACACACUCUUGAACUCACACCACCAGAUGAACUCAAGCUCAGGGAGCACUAUGUGGUGAUGGUGAAGUGGAUCAGUAAGACCAAGACAGCAGUGCGCUGGUUAAACCGAGCACAGAACGUCUCUAUUCUGACCGUCUGCGACUCCACCACUGGAGCCUGCAUCAAGAGGCAUGAGGAAACAUCAGAAGUUUGGCUCUCAAAACAGAAUCAAGAGCCGUUCUUCUCACGAGACGGCAGCCGCUUCUUCCUGACGGUCCCGGUAAAGCAGGGAGGACGAGGAGACUUCCACCACGUCGCCAUGUUCACCUCUCAGGCACGUGUGGAUCAGAACGAGGUGCGACAUCUUACAUCAGGUAACUGGGAGGUGACGCAGAUUCUGGCUUACGAUGAGAACAGCCAGAGCAUAUAUUUCCUGAGCACUGAGGGCUCCUCGACCCGCCGGCAGCUCUUCAGUGUGUCCACAGUAGGCUUGUUUCCACGGCGAUGUCUGACCUGUGAGCUGAAUAAAGCUCACUGCACAUUCUUCAGUGCUAUUUUUAGCCCCACUAAUCAACACGUCCUACUGCACUGCAAAGGUCCAGGAGCGCCGACAGUGAUCAUACACUCUCUGAACACUGCCAAUUAUUACAUCCUGGAGAAUAACUCUGUGCUCAAAACUGCUCUCAGAUACAAACGAAUCCAGCUGCUGGAGUACAGAAGCAUCCAGACCGACCACUUCGAAUUGCCGCUGAAGGUCGCCUAUCCACCCGAUUUCUCUGAGUCCCGCACUUACGCCCUUCUGCUGAUGAUUGAUACCGCCCCCGGUGGUCAGCAGGUGAAUGACCGUUACUCACUGGACUGGGACUCAGUGCUGGUCAGUUCAGACAAUGUCAUAGUAGCUCGUCUGGACGGCAGGGGAAGUGGCUUCCAGGGUCAGAAGGUGUUACAGGAAGUGCACAGGCGUCUGGGAUCCGUGGAACUGCAGGAUCAGCUGGCUGCUGUUGAUUACCUGCUGAAAUGGCCAUACAUUGAUAGAACCAGGAUCGGUGUGUUUGGUCGGGGUUAUGGAGGAUAUAUCUCACUUCUGCUGAUUAAAUCCACUGAGAACUUGUUUAAAUGCGCAGGAGCUAUGUCGCCUGUGACAGACUGGAAUUUGUAUGCCUCGGCCUUCUCUGAACGCUAUUUGGGUUUCCCUCUUCAGGAUGACAACAGAUAUCAGUUUUCCAGUGUGCUCCAGAAUCCACAAGGUUUCAGAGACCAGACGCUCAUGCUGCUGCACGCCACUGCAGACGCAAAUGUUCAUUUCCAGCACACGGCCGAGCUCAUUAAGAACCUGGUGAAGGUGGGAGCGAAUUACACACUGCAGAUUUAUCCAGACGAGGGUCAUUUCCUCUCCAAGAGCAGUGACCGACACAUGGCUUCAACACUGAGCAGCUACUUCAAAUCCUGCCUGCAGGAGGAAGUGCUUUCCAUCAGUGAGGAGGAGGAGGAAGAGGAAGAGUAGAGUGAAGAUGAGACACAACACACAAACACGUGCAGACACUGACACACACACACACACAUUGGGACAAUGAAACACACUGGACAAACAUCCAGAGCAGAACACUCAGAUAAACAGAGAGCCAGGAGUGAGUGAGAGUGUGUGUGUGUGUGUGUGUGUGUGAACAUGUAUAUAUGCAUGCGUGUAACCGUUAGGAUGAAUGUAGCAUUAGAGCUGUGUGUGUGUGUGUGUGCGUGAGAGAGAGAUUUUCUGGCAUAUGGAUCAUUAUCGCUGGAAAUGGAUUGGAAUAUUUCACAUAUCAUAAAUCACUAAGAUUUCUGAUUGGCUGAUGCAUUGGCCAAUCACAGCACAGACUGUCUGGUGGAGCUGCUCCAGUCAGCCUUUUUGCUUUGCUUCACUUCUUUUGCCACUUUCUGUCUGUCGGUAUGUUGUCGCCCUUCAGAGGAGCUGUGUUUGAUUGCAUUUCUCCACUCGCUGGGAAGAAGCGUAAUUCCAUCCAUGGAAAGCUGGAGGAUCUGUGUGAAGAGAACAAGGUCUCGGCAGCACACGUGCCUGACGCUCACUGUGUGUGUGUGUGUGCAGUGCAUUCUGGGAUGGUGCUGCUGUAUUUAGGACAGAAGAGGGCGUACAGAUGUAUUUUUGGACAUUCAUCCGGCAGAUCCGCUCACAGACUGUUUUGGAUCAGUUUAUUUGUAUUGCUGACCGUUUAGUUUUACUGAUGGUGGUGGUUGGGGGGGGUGAGGGGUUUGGGAUUGUUAUUGUCCUCUAAUUAUGACAGUCAUGUCUAUAAAUAAACAACUAGUCCAAAAACAACACAAUUUCAUUUUGAUGUGCUAUAUUUUACCAUCAGAGUCCCUGUGCUUCAUCUGAUCGCAUGCGGUCACACCGUCAGCAGGAAGGACCGCAAACAUCAGAACGGCACAGUCACGUCAACAGCACAAUUAUGAGAAAACGUUCAUGAACGGCCUGGAAUUAAUGAAUGCCACAUACUUCAGCUCAGUUAUUGGUCUGUCAGUUUAGACACUCUUUGAUUUGAAGUGUUUUGGAUGUUUAUCAUUA